AAAAUAAAUAUAUAUAUGACUAUACCUAUCUUUGCUUUAAUUACUACAAUAGUGCAAUCCCAUCACUUUUCUUUUUCUUUUUUCCUUAUCCUUUUAGUUUCACCCACAACCAAAUAUCCUUACGAAAUUAAUAAUGAUUACGUCAGAAGAGGGAAUAUGGAAGGUGGAGCAAUUACAACUAAGGAUAUGAAGGUGGAGAUUAAUUCAUCGACGGAGCCGGAAAAUAUAUCGCCACCAUCGGAAAAUGUAACGACGGGAGGAUUAGCAAGGCAAGGAAGUAUGUCCAAGAAUAAUUGUCUUUGUUCUCCGACGACUCAUGCAGGUUCAUUCAGAUGUAGGCUUCAUCGUGCUCCGACGAUGACUAAUCCAAAUCUCCAGAGGACUAAAAGUAUUGAAUCAAAUCCUAAUAAGGCUAAUCCAAAUGCUUAUACGACUAGCUAGCAAUGGUGCUUAAUUAAUUCUAUAGUUCUAUGGAGUUAACAAUAAAAAUUGGAUUAUGUCAUUUAUGUUGAAAUCUUUUAUUUUAAUGUAUGUAUUGUAACGUUGCUUUCUAUUUGUUAUUAAUUAAUUAUAAUUAAGUUGAUCUAUUUCCUUUGUGUUUUCACUCAUAGAGACUUGAGUUCUUAUAAUGAAAGGUAGCUUGGAGUAAGCAUAUAAAUGUACUGAGAGUUUUGUCCUUUUGUGGUUUGUGGAUGUUAAAAGGGAAAUUAUAGAAAAGGACGCAUGUAUCGAGAUAUGUUAUUAGUAUUUA